GAGAAAUCUCAAGUCCAACCAGCUACUCUCAAGGGCGCAAUUCAAGUUAAAUUGUAUCACUGUUUACAAAGAUAAUGACUUUAUAUAAACCUUUUGAGGGAACGACACAAGAAGAGUUGAAGCUCCACCGCCCAAAAAGUCCAGACUUCUUGCUUUGUCACGUCUGUGGAUUAAACUCCAGCUUACAGGAACAUGAAGCGUACUUCAGUCAUGUCAAGGUCUCAAUGAACUCCUCUAGGGGUAUGUGGUCUUUAGGCGAAAAGUACUUUUUGAAAGAAAGGCAAAUACACGAAGGUGGAUAUCCUCCGACACCUAAUUCGGACUAUGCAAUAAGUAAAUUCUUGAGCGAGAAUUCAAAUGUUCCUGUAGCAAAAGAUAUGCGUUUCUGGGAAGAUAGCACCAGCUAUUGGCAAUUAAUGGAGAGAGUUCCUGGCAUAACACUCAGGAAGGCUCAGCACGAUCUCACUCUAGAGGAGCAUCGAACAAUCGGUACGGAACUGGCAGAGUAUCUGGCGGAAGCACGCAAAUUUACCUCAACAAAACCAGAAGCUCCAGGUGGCGGGCCCCUUAGAGAUACAAAUUUUGGAGCUCGUGAUUGGAAAGUGGAUAUCUUGACCACCGAUCGAGAAGAAUGGUGGGCGCGCAUAAAGCCCCGUCUUGGUCAGGUCUUAAGCACCUCGCAGGAAAAGAGGACGAAGUUCAAGGAGAGCUAUCCCAUCAAGGAAGGAGCAAAAUAUGUACUCUCUCAUGGUGAUCUCGACGGAAGUAACAUUAUGGUAAAAGAUGGACAUGUUACCGCUAUCAUAGAUUGGGAGCAUGGAGGGUAUCGCCCAGACUGGUGGGAGUGGCAUAAGUGGCGUGGGACUCAGAAACCCACUUUGAAGUGGAUGCUAGAAAAUCCAGACGAAGUUACAUGGUCAGAUGUUCUUACAGAGCAGAUGAGACAGCUCGGCAUCGAUGUGGAUAUGCCCAGCGAUGCUUCAACCUGUCAAUCAUUUUAUACCCACGGUGUUGUGGAGCCCUCACGUAAAGCGGCAAGUAGCUACGAGUGGGAAGAAUUCGAUAGGUACCUGUAUUGGAAGUGCACCAAUUACAAACGUUAUCUUAACGAUAAGGGUUGCUCGGCAGGGUAUCUUGCUAAAGCACGCGAAAAGAAGGCAAAGGAUGAAGCCAAAGAAGCAGCUAUCAUGCUAGCCUUCGGCCAGUUAAGCAUAGACGAGCAGGAUAUCUUCUUGACCGGAAAGAUACAACGGGGGUCUGGCAAUGAAUCUCCAAAGCCUGGAAACUUGGAUGAUGAUUCCAAUCUUAAAGGGAUAGAAAGGUAGCUGAAUGAUGCUAUCCUUGACGCUUGGUGAUAUCUUAUAGUUAUUUCCUAUAUGUAUAGCGGAUGAAACAUUCUCUAUUAUUGCUAUUUUCUAUCAACCAGGUUCUAAUUGAACUCCCAUUUUUUUAACUUUAAAGUCUUCAAAUUGUAUACACAAAAAUUGGAAUUUUCUCGCUAUUGGUACCUUCCAACAAAAGACAUCAUCCUUAAAACACAUGUAAAUAACUAGCACUGCGAAAUGGCAAACA